CUCUCCCGCGCAUGCGUCCGGCCGCGGCGGCAGGGCUGAUUGCCGCUGAGAAUACUACCGAGCCGGCGUCCGGGAGUUCGGCAUGGCGAUUCCCCCGGCGUCCAUGGGACCCUCAGCGCUGGGCCAGAGCGGUCCCGGCUCGAUGGCUCCCUGGUGCUCAGUGUCAAGCGGCCCGACUCGCUACGUGCUCGGGAUGCAGGAGCUGUUCCGCGGCCACAGUAAGACGCGCGAGUUCCCGGCGCACAGCGCCAAGGUACACUCUGUGGCCUGGAGCUGCGACGGGCGUCGUCUGGCCUCAGGGUCCUUCGACAAGACGGCCAGCGUCUUCUUGCUGGAGAAGGACCGGUUGGUCAAAGAAAACAAUUAUCGGGGACAUGGGGAUAGUGUGGACCAGCUCUGUUGGCAUCCAAGUAACCCUGAUCUCUUUGUUACUGCGUCUGGAGACAAAACCAUUCGCAUCUGGGAUGUGAGGACUACGAAAUGCAUUGCCACUGUGAACACUAAAGGGGAGAACAUUAAUAUCUGCUGGAGUCCUGACGGACAGACCAUCGCUGUAGGCAACAAGGAUGAUGUGGUGACGUUCAUUGAUGCCAAGACACACCGCUCCAAAGCAGAGGAGCAGUUCAAGUUUGAGGUCAAUGAAAUCUCCUGGAACAAUGACAAUAACAUGUUCUUCCUGACAAAUGGCAACGGUUGUAUCAACAUACUCAGCUACCCAGAGCUGAAGCCUGUGCAGUCCAUCAAUGCCCAUCCUUCCAACUGUAUCUGUAUCAAGUUUGACCCCAUGGGGAAGUACUUUGCAACAGGAAGUGCAGAUGCUUUGGUCAGCCUUUGGGAUGUAGAUGAGUUAGUGUGUGUUCGAUGCUUUUCCAGGCUGGAUUGGCCUGUGAGGACCCUCAGUUUUAGCCAUGAUGGGAAAAUGCUGGCAUCAGCCUCAGAAGAUCACUUCAUUGACAUUGCUGAAGUAGAGACAGGAGACAAGCUGUGGGAGGUUCAGUGUGAGUCCCCGACCUUCACCGUGGCGUGGCACCCCAAAAGGCCUCUGCUGGCGUUUGCCUGUGAUGACAAAGAUGGCAAAUAUGACAGCAGUCGGGAAGCUGGAACUGUGAAGCUGUUUGGGCUUCCCAAUGAUUCCUGAUAGGAGGACCCGGUGUAUGGCAGAGGCUUCCAUUAUAUAGUUAGUUUGGUCUGUUCUCUGGGGGUUGGUGGGCACCUGAAAUAUUUAUAAAUCGGUAUAAAUUUUAUCAGUAAUUUGUUAGCCUGCCCAUUCCAAUUUCCUUUGUGUUUGGUAUGGUUCUCUUUCCCUGCCCCUUGCAGUGAUGAUACCAGCAUACCUUGUCCUCUGGGGACCUCCUGUCUUCCUGCUUUUGGGCGUAUGGUGGAAUAUGUUGGGCUUGGUUCUGCUUGGACAGUAUGUAGUUUGGAGGGGUAGGUGAGGAAGGGUGAGAUGGAGUUGGAGAUUUUUUAUAAUAAAAAAGAAGUACAUAUUAAUAAUUUUGAGAAUUGAACAUUUAAUAAAACUGACUUUUUAAUUAUGGGA